AUGCCAGAAACAAGUAUUCAUGAAAUAACAGUGGAAAAAACACCAGCAUAUUUUGUAAGUAAAACAGCACCAGGACGUGUUCAUAGUUUAAAUUCAACAAUUAAAUUAAUUGUUGUUGUACGAAAUCCGAUCACCCGAGCUAUUUCAGAUUAUACACAAGCAAUUAGCAAAAAGAGACGCACUACUUUAAUGCCAAGUUUUGAGGAAAUGGUACUCGGGAAUAGUUCAUCGAGUGCAACUGGUAUGAAGGAUGGUGUGAAUGCUUCAUGGGGUGCAAUACGGAUCGGAAUUUAUCAUAGACAUAUCCGAAGGUGGCUUCAACAUUUUCCGCUUCAUCAAAUUCAUUUCGUUGAUGGUGAACGUUUAAUUACAAAUCCUGCUGCUGAAAUUUAUGCUGUCGAACGAUUUCUAACUGUUAAACCUGUUGUUCGACAAUCAAAUUUUGCAACGGAUCCAUUAAAAGGUUUCCCAUGUGUAUUACGAAAAGAUGAUACGUUACAUUGUCUUGGUAAAACAAAAGGUCGUGCUCAUCCACAUGUACGAUUUGAUGUCAUCCAAAAAUUGGAACAUUUUUAUCGUCCACAAAAUGAGCAAUUUUUUAAGCUUAUUAAUAAACGAUUUCAUUGGCAUACUUAUCAUUAG